AUGUGCGUUGAUGACACGGCGGCCUCGGGAUGCCUCUGCAAAGUGACAUUAGACAAAAUUUCUGCUCGGCCGCUCAAGAAGCUCCAGAUCUUCAGACGGGAACGAGCGGCACUGACACAGGGGAAGACAAUUGAAAAGCUUGGAGUUUGGUCUGAGGAUGGUCUUAUAGGCCUUUUGGCAAAACUGAAUCCGAUAAAAUCAGUAGAUGACCCGGAACUCUUCACGAAGAACUUGAAAUUUGAAGGUGUGCCUGUGAGAGUUUACCAGCCCAGAGAGUCCUCUGCCGGAGGCAGAAAAGGAGUUAUGUUCUUUCAUGGAGGAGGCUUCAAGUGUUCAGAUCUCCUGGUCCCUUACAAUGCCCAGAUCUCCUGGUUCCUGGCAGUGCUCAGGUCUGAUGGUCCCCCACAGUGUUCAGAUCUCCUGGUCCCCGACAAUGCCCAGAUCUCCUGCUUCCUGGCAGUGCUCAGGUCUGAUGGUCCCCCACAGUGUUCAGAUCUCCUGGUCCCCUACAAUGCCCAGAUCUCCUGGUUCCUGGCAGUGCUCAGGUAUCGACUUGCACCAGAACACCUGUACCCCGCAGCAUUUGAAGAUUGCCUGAAUGCUACAAUCUACUUCCUGAAGACUGCACAGGAUUACGGUGUUAAUCCCUCUUCUGUUGUAAUCUGUGGGGACAGCGCAGGUGGAAACCUCACGGCUGGUGUGGCGCAAGCUCUUGUGACAAGAAAAGAUAUUCCCAAACCUCUGGCUCAGGUGCUAAUAUACCCCGUGGUCCAAAUGAUUGACUUCAACUUACCUUCUUACCAACAAAACAGCGGCGUGCCUCUCUUACUCAUAGACAAAGCCCUGUUCUACAUGCUAAAUUAUCUAGGAGAAGGGGUUCAGACCACCUUACAUAAAAAAGUACAAAAUGGUAGCCAUGUCCCUCCUGAUCUGAGGAAGAAAUUCUCUAAGUGGCUAAGUGCUGAUAAUAUCCCAGAUGAGUUCAAGGUCACGGGGUACAAGCCACACACCAUGUCUGCCUUUGACAAAAACGUCUAUGAAAAAGUCAAGCAACUUUUUGAACCUCCGUGCUCCCCGCUGGUAGCUGAGGACUCUGUGUUUCGCCUACUACCAAAAGCUUAUAUCUUAACAUGUGAGUUUGACGUUCUCCGCGAUGAAGGCAUACUCUACAAGAAACGCCUGGAAGACAAUGGGGUGUCGGUCACUUGGCACCAUAUUAAAGAUGGCUUCCAUGGAAUCAUCAGCUUUUGCGAUCAGUGGGAUUGUGAAUCGGGGAAACGGGCUGUGGACAGUUUUGUUAGCUUUAUAAGGGAUGCCUGA